AUGGUUGCUCUUCGUUGCAGCGCCCUCCUGCUGGCACUCUUGGUGCUGUGGAGCCCACAGUCAUCCCUGAGCGAGGGUGAGCCGCGUGGCGUGGCGGACACCUGGGUGGAGGAUGCCAUCAUGCAGACCUACACGCCGCCCGCCCACAAGCAGAAGGGAGACCAGCUGAGGCAGGAGCGGGAGCAGAAGGAGCGGCAGCAGGCACACGAGGCGGCGAAGGAUGCGGCGGCGAGGGACGUGCCCCAGCCCACCACGCAGGGCCGGCAGCAGCAGCAGGUGCAGACGCCCGACGAGCGGCGGCGGCGGCAGCAGCAGCAGAAGGAGCAGACGCCCGAGGCGCGGCGGCGGCGGCAGCAGCAGCAGGAGGGCGUGCAGGCGCCCGACGUGCGCGGGCGCCAGCAGCAGCAGCAGCAGCAGCAGCAGGAGGGCGUGCAGGCGCCUGACGUGCGCGGGCGCCAGCAACAGCAGCAGCAGCAGCAGCAGCAGCAGCAGCAGGCGGUGCAUGAGCCCGGCAAGAGCACGCGGCCGGCCCAGGGCACGCUCAACCGGCGGCGGCAGCAGGAGGUGGCUGAGGAGGAUGCCGUGCGGCGGCGGCAGGAGGCUCAGGACCGCCUGCUAAAGCGGCGGGAGGCGGAGCGGGCGGCGGCGGCGGCCAAGGUCGAGCGCGCUGCACACGAGGCGGCGCAUGCCGAGCUGCUGGAGGCCCAGCGGCGGCAGGCGGUGGCGCAGGGGCAGCGCCUGGCGGCGCGCCAGGAGGAGGCGAAGCAGCAGGCGUCGCUGGGGCGCGGCUCGCUGCGCGGGCGGCGCCAGGCGGUGGCCAAGCAGCCCGCGGUCAGCGGCUCCCGCCCGGGGGACGUCUUUGCCGAGCAGACGGAGAAGCGGCUGGCGGCGGUGCGGCAGCAGUCGGCAGAGCGCCGCGAGCAGCAGGCGGAGCUGGUCGCCAAGCUGGAAGCGGCGCACGCGGCGGCGGUGGCGGCGCAGGCCCGCGGAGCGGCCGCGCGGGCCAACAGGGCCGCCGGAAGGGCGGCCGCCGCGGGAGGCAGCCAGCCGCUGGCGCAGGCGCAGGCACAGGCGCAUGGCGGCGGCGCCGCCACCCCUAGGGUCCGCCAGCACAUCCCGCUGCCGCUCAUCAUCAUCAUGACGCUGUCCAUGGCGGCGGCAGGCGGCCUGGGCGCCCUCCCCUUCUUCUUCGUCAAGUCGAUGAGCGAGGGGGCCACCGGGAUCGCCACCGCCGUCGCCUGCGGCGUCAUGCUGGCCGCCUCCUUUGACCUGGUGCACGACGGCCAGCCCUACGGCCCCGCGCUCACCGUGGCGGGCGUGCUGCUGGGCGGCGCCUUCAUCCGCUGGGUGCAGCAGCAGCUGUCGGCGUACGAAGACAUUGAGUUUGGGGCGCUGCAGGGGUCGGCGGCUCGCAAGACGGUGCUGAUGGUUGGCAUCAUGGCGGCGCACGCGCUGGGGGAGGGCUGCGCCGUGGGCGUGUCGUUCUGCGGCGAGCGAGGCUGGGCGCAGGGCGUGCUCACCACGCUUGCCAUUGGCGUGCACAACAUACCCGAGGGCCUGGCCAAGGCCACGGUGCUGGUGGGGCAGGGCGUGAGCGCGCGCCGCGCCCUGGCCUGGUCGGUGGCCACCUGCCUGCCGCAGCCGCUGGUCGCCAUCCCCUCCUUCAUGUUUGUCGACGCGUUCACGAUGAUCCUGCCCGUGGCGCUGGGCUUUGCGGCGGGGUGCAUGGUGGCCACGGCUGCCACGGUGUCGGCGGCGGGGCUGGAGGGCUUCCGCAUGCUGUUUGCGGCCAUGGAGCAGGCAGACGGAGGGUUUGGCGGCGCCGGCUCCGCGGCGGCGGCGGCGCGCGUGGCGGCGCGCAUGGGCCCGCCGCUGCUGGUGCUGCUGCCCGGCGCGGCGGCGGCGGCGGCGGGCGGCGGCGCGCUGGGCGGCAGCGCCGUGCCCGCGCCCGUGGCCUGGGGCCUGGCGGCGGCGGCGGCGGCGGCGGCCGGCGCCGGCGCCCUGCUGGACCAGCUCAUCUGGCGGCCGCAGGUGCCCAGCCUGCACACCGCGGCAGCGGGGGCCGCGGGCGCCGCGCUGGCGCUGCUGCUGCACCGCCACCUGCUCAGCUGGGCGGGCAGCUCGGCGGCGGCCGCAGCCCGCAAGCUGCUGGCCAAGGGCGGCGCCUCGUUGGGCGGCGGCGGCGCCCCUGGGGCGGCUCCCAGCGACCUGGAGGCUCUGGAGUAUGCCACCCUGUACCAGCAGCACCACCUGCACCACAGCGUGCACGCCGCGCACCCGCUGUUCCGACACAACGGUACCGCGCAGCCGCCGCACCCGCCCGCCGAACCGGCGUCGGGCGCCGCCGGCAGCAUGAACGGCUUUGGCGGCAGCGCCGGCUCCCUGGCACACCAGGCGCCCUACCACCGCGGCGGCGGCCUGCCGGGGGCGGCAGACGCAGCAGCCCUGGGCAGCAGCGGCGGCCUGACGCGGCCGGGCAGCGCGCUGGAUGGCAGCGGCGCCGUCACGCCCAACGGCGGCGCCGCCGCGCCGCCGCGCGGCCUGCGCGCCGCCGGCCUGCUGCCGCCGCAGCAGCUGGCGGCGGGCGGCGCGGCGCUCGCCGCGCUGGCCGCCGGCUGCGUGGCGACGGGCUGGCACCUGGCCUGUAGCCUGCUGCUGCUGGGGGAGGACCGCUCGGCGGCCAUCCUGCCCGCCGCUGCGCUGCUGCUGGCGGGGCCGGGGCUCGGCGCCGGCGCCCUGGCCCGCACGCUGCCCGCCCGCCGCAGCUCCACGCUCGGCGCCUGCCUGGGCGGCGGCCUGGCGGCCGUGGCGGCCGUGGCGGCGGCGCUGACGGCGGCGCGAGCGCACGAGUCGGCGCACACCGCCGCCCUCGUCAAGUCCCUGCUGUACCCCUUUGGCAUCACAGACACGGCAGAGGCGAUGGCGGGAGGAGCCCUGUGCACCGCCGCCACCUUCCUGUUCAGCGCGGGCGCUGCCCUCAAGGCGCCCAGCGCCCGCGGAGGCCUGCUGCUGGGCCUGGCGGCCACCGGGCUGCUGGCGGCGCUGCGGUACUGCCUGUGCAGCUUCACGCCGUACUGCCUCAGCGUGCAGGUGCUGCUGCGGGACCGGUAG